UUAACUAAACAUGGCGGACGAAACGUUACAUACUAUACCAUUGGAAAACAAUAUUGAUGUUCAUAUAGUGACACUAUUUGAACGUCUCGAGGCCAUGCGCAAAGAAAAUCAAUGCAAUAUCUUAAAUAAUCGCCUCUCCAGCACCCUGCAGCCCAAGAGAAGCAUGCAGGCAGAGAUCAGAACUUUGGAAUUCUGGAGAUCCAUUAUUGGUGAAUGUUUGGCAUCAUUCUUUUAUGUUUUUAUUGUAUGUGGAGCAGCGGCUGGAGCUGGUGUGGGUGCCAGUGUAUCUUCAGUAUUGUUGGCUACUGCCUUAGCUUCUGGUUUGGCCAUGGGCACCCUGACACAAUGUUUUCUUCAUAUAUCGGGUGCUCAUAUAAAUCCAGCCGUUACAUUAGCAGCCUGUGUGAUACGUAACAUCUCACCCAUGCGUGCUGCCAUGUAUAUAACAGCCCAAUGUGGUGGAGGCAUAGCGGGAGCUGCUUUACUUUAUGGUGUCACCGUGCCCGGUUAUCAGGGUAAUUUACAGGCGGCCAUUUCUCACAGCGCCUCUUUAGCAGCCUGGGAACGUUUUGGUGUGGAAUUUAUUUUAACAUUUGUUGUUGUCUUGACAUAUUUCGUUUCAACGGAUUCCGUUAAAAAAGUUAUGGGACAUUCAGCCUCCGCCAUAGCAGCCGCCUAUAGUGCGUGCAGUUUUGUCUCGAUGCCGUAUUUAAAUCCUGCUCGCUCAUUGGGUCCCUCUUUCGUUUUAAACAAAUGGGAUAAUCAUUGGGUGUACUGGUUUGGUCCUUUGGUAGGUGGCAUUGCUUCGGGUAUUGUUUACGAGUUUAUUUUCAAUACAAAAAGAAAUGCCCGCCACAGUAAGGCUUCCAUAGAUAAUGAAUCUUCUUCCAUUAAUUCCGAGGAUGAAUUAAACUAUGAUUUGGAUAUGGAGAAACAAAAUAUGCAUGGCAAAUAUCCGGCUACUUUCCAAAGAGCACAAGCCGCCAACACCGCACCAGCACAAAAUCCUGCAGCUACUGCUCCCGGUAGUAAUGGCAACUAUUGCCAGAAUUUGUAUACAGCACCACCCAAGUUCGAUCAGGCAGAACCCUUGUAUGGUGGCACCCGUUCCAUGUACUGUCGCUCCCCCACACUGACACGCACCAACUUGAAUCGCUCGCAAUCGGUCUAUGCUAAAAGUAAUACAGCCAUUAAUCGUGAUAUAGUGCCACGUUCGGGUCCCUUGGUGCCAGCUCAAAGUUUAUAUCGCAUGAAUGCCCAACAGAACCAUCAGCAGCAGCAACAACAGCAACAACAACAGCAGCAGCAACAACAGUCUUCCCAUUUGCAAAAUCAGAAUUUACAAAAUCAAUUGCAACAGAGAACGGAAAGUAUUUAUGGUGUACGCUCUUCGACCAGACAAACUCAGCAGCAGCAGCAACAUCCAAACCAAAUGCAACAUCCCCAAGUAGGACAGCUAAUGCAACAUCCACAGCAACAGCCACCCCAACAGCAGCAGCAACAACAACAGCAACCACCACAACAUCCCAGCCAAGAUGCACCUCAAGGUUUCCAAGCAGUUUAUGGCACCAGACACAAUCCCAACCCCAUGGAUGGUAGUCAGAAAUAUGAUCGUCGUCCUGAAUCCGUUUAUGGCAUGACAGUACCCCGCAAUCGCGGUCAAUCAGCCCAAUCCGAUGACAGCUCCUAUGGUUCUUAUCAUGGCUCAUCGGUAACGCCACCAGCCCGUAUUCCCAGCACUGAGCCACCCAUGUUGUUAUAUAAUCCACCUCCUCAACCAAAUCACAGUCAAGUGUCUUCCAGCAAUCCCUCGGCCAUGAGAACGCAAUCCGAACGUAAAGUCUCUACACCGGUAGUAUCGUCACAAGCUUCCUCAGUUACUUCCACAACGGUGGGACAGUAUACAGCAAGUCAAGGGCCACCACAGGGACCACCCUCGCUACAGCAACAUCAGCAGCAGCAACAACAACAACAACAGAUGAUGGUACAACAUCAACAACAGCAGCAACAACAACCACCACCACCCCAUCCCCAGCAACAGCACCAACAUUACGGCAUGCUGCCUAUGAGAUCCAAUUGAAAACGGCUUUCCUGGAGCCCGGCUCUAAAUGAAUGUGCGAAAGAAAUACCAUUGCCAAUUGUACUUGAAAAGUUUACGUUGAAGGAGAAAGAUGAUAAGGAGGAUGCAUGAGUGUUUGGAGGCUGGAGUAAGUUUGGUUUAACAAAAACUAUAACAUGUUUCAGUUUAAAUAAACUAAAUCUGGGGA